GUUCCGGAUACUUGAUUUGAAUGCGUGAAAUAUCUGUAUGCAAAAGGGCACGUCCAUAUAUGCAGUCACAGCAUGCCAGUUAAGACAAAAUCAAAGAUUCACAUAGUUUGACCUUCAUGUCAAUUGUCCUAACACAUUUUAGGAGGCUUGGCACAAGAAAUUAACAUAUUUUGUAUAUAUUUUCAAAGUCCAGCCAUCUGCCAACAUUUUUGUGUUCUCUGGUUUCUGGCAAAACUACAUCGUUUAUAAUAACCGAAAAUGUGCCAUGCAGAUCAAGUCUUUUAUUUUUACUGCCAAAAAUUAUGACUUUGAUUUCUUCGGACUUCGCUAUAAACUGGUCGACAUUCCGGACUAUAGAAUGAUUUAAUCAUCUUCCAAUUUCCCGAUUUAACAAAUUAAUAGCUUUGUGACACUUAAUUAUGUUAAGCAAUUAUUUUUUGUUGUACUUGAACGUUAUUAAUUUUUUGAGCAUCGCGCGCGUAUUGUUGACCCAUUUAUUAUCACCCAAGGCUUGCUUGAAAUUAGCAUCGUCUUACCAGAUAGAUAAUCUUAUUUUAGCAAGAUGAUCGUAUUGCAAUGUGCAACUUUAACUCUGUUAUGUUUUUCGAGUUCGGUUUGUGGUCAAAUGUGCAGGGAGUAUGGAGAAACGUGCAGUGAUGAUGAUUCUUGUUGUGGUGGAUGCUGUUUGGGAGGAAUUUGUAUGGCAACGUAUCAAGACUGCAGGAUAAAAGAAGACCUCUGCUUAGAAAAAUAUUGUCCACCUAGUCAGGAAUGCUACGUAUUCAUCCCCGAGGGCUGUCUCGGUUGUGGACCCGUUGCGAUGUGUCGCUCAGUGUUUACUUCUGGAGAAUUUCACUUGCCAAGCACUGAAAAUUUCGAUCACAGUAUGUGGCACUCUUCUUCUGGGCGACCAGUACAUGAGAAAAUUGUAAUUUUUAUUACUCUAUUUGUUUUGUGUAGGUUAUGAAUUUAGAACACAAAUUAUAAGUAUAAGAGAUCUUUAAAUUAAGUGAUGAUACUGGCAACGUAGCGUUCGAUCUGGCAACACUGGAGGCGCCGGGCUUAGAGGGGAAACAGGGGAAGUUUGAAUUGGCUCGAGUCAUUUGGUUGUCCGUAGCGGUUUUUUUUGUGAAACACUUUUCUUCUACUGUGUUCUAAAAAUGAGUGACAUCAAUUUCAAAUAAAGGUGUGCUAUCAGGUUUUGCUUCAGACUUGAGCACAGUGCAUCGGAAACUCUCGCUAAAAAGGCGUACGGAGAUAGUGUUUUGUCAAGAGCUCAGGUUUUUCAGUGGUUAAGUCAUUUUCAGAAGGGGGAACGUCGAUUGAACAUGAACCAUGAAGCGGAAGACAUUCAUCUUCAAAAACCGAUGAAAAUAUCGACAGAACCUGGGAUCUUGUGCAUUCCGAUCGUCGUUUGACAGUCAGAAUGAUCGUGGCAGAGUUAAAUUUGACUCACAUCACCGUACAUCAGAGCGAGAACAUGUUGCAUCACAAUAAUGCUCCUUAUCGCACAGCAAUGUCGGGUUUCUGGGCAGUAAAAACAUUCGUGUGGCUCUUCAGCCUCUUUAUUCGCUUGAUUUGAGACCAUGUGACAUUUUUUUCUUCCCGAAGUUGAAAAAUCACCUUAAGGAAACACAUUUUGGGACAGUCAAACGGCUGUAACCGACCACCUAAAGGCUAUUCCAGAAGCGGAGUUCCAGCACUGCUAUGCGGAGUGGAAGAACCAUCUCCAACCCUGUAUGGCUUCAGAAGGAAGUCAUUUUGAGGGUGACAAUAUAAAAUUCUAAUUAUAUUUGAAUAAAAAAAACAGUCCCAUCACUUAAUUUACAGACCUCGUUAGGUACAAAUGGAUCGGUCAUAUCAAAAAUCAAGUCCUUUUUUUUACCGGAAACGCUUUGUUGAAGGUAUACGUAUUCUAGGUAUACACCUCGUAAGUCAUCACUUUCCUACUAAAAUAUGGCUACAGGCGAAUACAUUAUCCAUUUUGCCUGAUCCACAUUUCCCGAAAUGACUUUUUGAGUGGUUUGUUUCUUAUAAUUAUCAAUAAUAAGUAAUAAAAAUAUGAUUUACAUGAUUGUUUUGAGAAAGCUAUAUACCGCUACCUCUAUUUCCUGCUGAAACAAGUCCAUACAGUUUCGAGCUUUUUGCGUUAUUAUUAUUUUUUUAAUAACCUGUGAAGGUUAUUCGAAAUUUCUCUUGGAACUCAAAUAUUACAUUAAGACCAAAAACGUUCUUUAAAAUUGGUUUAUUUGUCAAUGAAAUCGUUCUUAUAGCCCCCUGAAUACAGUGGCGGAUCCAGAGAGACAUUAUGGGGGAGGAAGGCGAAACUUGAAUUGAAAAAAUGAGAAUCGGCAUUUGAACAUGGCGACGAGUUCAUUAAUGUUUUUGAGAAAAAAUGCCAUUGUGACAAGAAAUGUCAUGUCAUGUGAAUUUUUAGUUUUUUCAGUGAUUUUGGGAGACUCCUCUAGACCUCCCCCCUCCCCAGGGGAUCCGCUACUGUUUGAAACACUCAAAUUAUGUACGAGGUUUUUUACUGAUUAAAACAUGUUUCAAUAAUGUCGCCUCAUCAGCAAGUCAAAAGAAUUAUUUCCGAUUGUAUUUACCAACCAUGCGAUAAACAUUCGAACUACUUCAGUGGGUUUUAGAGGAUUUGAAAGAGCUCUGCUUUCAGUGAGAGGAAGAUUGGGCUUAUUAGAUUUUUGCAGCCUGAAUCAUCAAGGGUACAGAAUGAGUUUAACUCCGGAGAUCAUUCCUUGCAUUUUUGUCGUAUGGUUGAUAAAAGCACCAUGUACAAAAAAUUAAAUUUCAACCAUCAUAGAAAAAUCCCGUAACAUUCUAUAAUAUGUGU